AUGAAGGAGGCCAAGUAUACGGAUGACGAAAGCAGGGUCAUGCGGUGGGCUAUUCUCUGUUCGGGCUUACUCACGCUUGCGGGCGCGACGACUACGGUGGCGACGUUUGUCAGCGUGCGACGGCUGCGGCAAUUCGGUAGGCCUCUAGUGGUCCUCGUCUGGCUCGCCGUCUGUGAUGUGCUUCGCGGAGUGACGGCUGUGGGUGCGGCGCUUGUUCCACCACGAUCAGGCCCGCUCUGCUCGGUCCAGGGCUUUUUCAUCCAGUUUUCAAACUUGGCGGCCAUGGGCUGGACCCUGGCCGUCUCCCACAAUCUCUACGCCGUCCUCGCCCACGUUGAUCUCGACUACUCUCGAUACUUUGUGCUCUACCACUUGAUCAUCUGGCCGUUUGCUCUGAUCAUGUCGCUAGCGCCUGUGGCACACUACGGUCCGGCUGGUGUCUGGUGCUGGAUCGAGGCCAGCGCUCCCGGCUUCCGCCUUGCCUUCUACCUCUGCCUCAUGCUCUCGUUUCCGCUGCUAGUCCUUGUCCUUGUCCGCGGCACGCUUGUUGUCACCGGCAACCGGCGUCGCGCCACUGAUGCUGCACCGAGUCUGUUUGCGAUGCGCCUCCGCAAGCUCUACCUCCGCAUCUCGGUCCUCAUUGCUCUGUUCUUUGUGUGCUGGACGGCGGCGAUGGUGAACAGGCUGCUUGAGCUGACUGGCCACACGUCCUUUGCGGCUGCGCUGGCGCAGGCCAUCACAGACCCGCUACAGGGCUUCUUUGAUGCGUGUGUCUUCUUCGCUAUCCCUAUCGUCCGCAAUGAGAUGGUGUGCUGCGGCAAAGCCACAGCUCCACCGCUCACCGAGCACAAGGCUCUGCUUGUCGGCGACAACCAGACAGCCCGCUCGCGGUCGGUCCUUGCGCGACGGCUGCUGUUCGGCUCGUCGCCCUCGCCCAACCUUCAGACGCUUGGCCCGCCAUCAGCGGGACCCACGCCGAUUCGGACCCUCAACGGUGCCAACGUGGUGGUUACUGUGCCGUAAAGCUAGAAGGUGUUCCCAG